CGUUUCUAUUUCUAUACAAAAAUACUUGUAACGUACAACUCUCACGUGCUCGACGUUACGGCUUGGGCCGGAAGUGAUUCUUCUUCGUCCCCUUUGGAAGUGUUGGUCGUGAUUGUGGCGUUGCUAAUAGAUAACGUUCCCAAAUGUGAGCAUCAUCCUCUGUUCUCUGUGUGCGACUGGCUCGUGGAACGGAGAGCGAUGGCCAGUCCAGAGCUCUUACUGGACUCCAGUAUUCGGCUGUGGGUGGUCCUGCCCAUCGUCUUCAUCACCUUCUUCGUUGGGAUCAUCCGUCACUACGUCACCCAGCUCCUGCACAGCGACAAGAAGGUCGACCUGGAGCAGGUUUCUGAUAGUCAGGUUCUCUUGCGCAGCCGCAUCCUCAGAGAAAACGGAAAGUACAUUCCUCGACAGUCUUUUGCUAUGAGGAAACAUUAUUUCAACAAUUCUGAGACCGGCUUCUUCAAGAAGGUCAAGAGGAAGGUCGUCCCUAAGAACCCCAUGACAGACACCAGCAUGUUGACAGACAUGAUGAAGGGAAACCUGACCAACGUUCUGCCCAUGAUUCUGAUCGGUGGAUGGAUCAACUGGGCUUUUUCUGGAUUUGUCAUAACUAAGGUGCCGUUUCCUCUGACGCUGAGGUUCAAACCCAUGUUACAGAGGGGAAUUGACCUGCUGUCCUUGGACGCCUCCUGGGUGAGUUCAGCCUCCUGGUAUUUCCUCAACGUGUUUGGACUGAGAAGUAUGUACAGCCUCAUACUUGGACAGGACAACGCUGCUGACCAGUCACGGCUCAUGCAGGAGCAGAUGACGGGUGCUGCCGUGGCGAUGCCUCCUGACCCCAAUAAGGCUUUUAAGAGCGAGUGGGAGGCGCUGGAGAUCGUAGAACACAAGUGGGCGCUGGAGAACGUAGAGGAGGAGCUGAUGUCCAAAGACCUCAACUUUGGAGGCUUCUUCAGCCAGGACGUCAACUCCAAUAUGUCCUAUAACUGAGGGAAGACUUGUACAGGAAUCAGUUCCUGAAGCGUAUAGAGCAAAGAGGAAGCAGGUUCUGCGACUGUUCUGGAACAGUUUACACAAAUAAAGCCACUUCACUUUUUGCCUUUUUAUGAGCCUCCAAACAUCAAAUUGUAACUUUGAUUUUAAAUAAUGGUGUAGACAAGAUGAGUAUUAGUGAAGAUCAAAUAUAAUUUCAUGGCUGGUGAACAGUUGUAUUAACAACUUAGUUGUACAACAGAACUGUUUCUAUGUGCAGGACAUGUUGCAUGUACUUUUCUACAGUGGUCCAACCACAGCAAGUGAAUUCAAUAAAAGGUGGCAUCCAGCUACCUGAACCUC